CGCCACAGUAAACAAAUGUGCGCCCCUUGAAGCGCAUCAAGGGCGCGUCGACAUGGCCCAAAACGCGAGGAUAGCAGGCCUCACAGAUGAGCUGAUACAGUCGAUCUUGCUGUUUGAUCCUGCCACCAACAAGCAAGCCUACAAACGGGCGAAAGAUCUCGCAGUAAGAGGUCUGCGCGGACACCAAUAUGCUCGAACGAACCAAUUUGAUGUGGAAAACAGCUUUGCUGGUCUGGAUGAGAAAUGUCGCGUCAAAAAUCGCGACGACCUGGCUGAUGCGCUACACUUGAGAUUACAGAGGUUAGAAAGCGUCACCAACAAGUUCAAACCAGAAUUUCUCUCGCUUCUGCUCCAGCUCUCCGACAGGCCGCUGGAAAACACUCGAAUUGAAGCACUGGAUCUGCUGAAACUACCAAGCCCACCACCCGAGCUUACAUGGGGUGAGAUACUGGACGAGGAUCCAUAUAGUGACGAGGACAUCUGGAAGGACAUUGAUUACGCUGUUGAGUCUUCUGGCGACGAACAAAUCGAAAAAGAGCGAAAGAAGCAGAAGAAGCCACUCACACCCGCAACAAGCGCUGAUGAGGAUGACACAUACGACCCUGAGCUAUGCGUUGACUCUACCGACGACAAACACGUAUCAGACAUCGAAGCAGCGCAUUUUUGGUCUGAGCCAGUCGAGGAAGGCACAAAGACUGAAAUCACCGAGCUUGAAGCUGUUCGAGAAACGCUGUUCAUGCUUGCCGGGCUACAGACGAGUUUGUACAGCGUGGACAUUGCACGAUGCAGGGUGCGGGUCAGUGCACGCUUCAAGCUAAGCCAUGCGAUGGCAGGUACCGUCGACCAUCUCCUGUUACAGUUCGCGAGCGUCGGUAGGGACGUUCUCCGACUGAGACAAUGGACAAGACGGCCUUCUACACUACCACUUGUUCAGACGUUCGAAGCCGCUGUGCGACAGCGUCUUCUCGACUAUGACAAACACUUGUCAAGCGUGCAAAGACGUUACCUUGUUCCUGAUUCACCCGUGGCAGUGAGCCUGCUGGUUUUGUUCAAUGAAGUUCGAAUCGACUCAGAGCAGAUACUUCGCCUCUCACAGAUUGUGUCGGAUGUUGAGCCACGGUUGCUGGUAAACCCAUUUAGCCAUUUAGAGGAGCUCUUCAACCAGACAACUCUCGCACAGAUGACACUACAGAAGCCAAGCUUUGACUUCCUUUCGACCAUGCUGUUCGACUGCCUCCGAACUUAUCUAAAGCCGAUCCGGCGAUGGAUGGAGAAUGGCGAACUGGGGGCCAACGAUGAAACAUUCUUUGUUUUCGAGAACGAUUCAGGCAGUGACGUUGCCUCCAUGUGGCACGACCGCUACGUGUUACGCCGUGAUGCGCAAGAUCAGCUGCGCUCGCCGUCUUUCUUGCAGCCUGCUGCCGCAAAAAUCUUCAAUACUGGGAAGAGCGUCAUCUUCCUGAAGGAGCUUGGAUACGGUCAUACACUUUUAGAUGAGCUCGAUCCUGAGCCACCUCUUGAUCACCAGACGGUCUGUGGCCACUCAGAUGUUGUUCCCCUGUCGCCCUUCCCCGAGCUUUUCAAUGCCGGAUUCGAGAGUUGGAUCCGGAGCAAAUAUUCUUUGGCAUCUGCAUCUCUACGCACGCACCUGUUUGAAACUCAGGGACUUAUGCGCGUCCUGAAAAUCUUCCAGAUGCUGUACGUGGGUACUAAUGGCGCAGUGUUUGAAAACUUUGCGAACGCAAUUUUCGAACGGAUGGACUCUGGUCAUCGAGGUUGGAAUGAUCGAUACAUGUUGACAGAGCUUGCUCGGGUCAUAUUUAGCGAUGUGUUACCCUCGCAAGACGCCGAGAAGAUCGUGGUACGCUCUGCGAAGAGCAAAGACCACGGCCGGUCCGUGAAGGGACUGGCCACUGUGUCUGUCGACUAUUCUCUCCACUGGUCUAUACUUAACAUCAUACAACGAUCCGCGAUGCCUAUCUACCAGCAGUUCCACACUGCCCUUCUCCAAGUGUACCGCGUCAAAUACCUUCUUCAACGAGCACGGCCCACGCGCUCCCACAAGGUUAGACGAUCCGCGCACCUCAUCUAUAAACUUCAACACCGACUCACCUGGUUCGUGGAUAUGCUCCGCUCCUACUACACCGAGACGGUCGUUGCCUUCACAAGUCGAGACAUGGAGAUUGCAAUGGAGAAGGCCGAGGACAUCGAUCAAAUGGCGGACAUCCAUGUCCGGUACGUGGCAAAGCUACAGGAACGCGCAAUGCUGUCCAGCGACCUCACACCAAUUCACAAGGCUGUCGUUGAGAUCCUAGACCUGGGUGUUCUUUUCGCCAAGGCCGUCGCAGACCUCGAGGGCAGUGGCACAAGCCGCGCUCGGCCAUCCGCGCCACGCAGGAAAAGCAGCGCGCCUCUACUGGACCAGGUGCAGCUAUCAGACACAGAAGACGAAGGAGAAGAUAACGAGCUCGAUUCUGCUCGCAGGUCCACACGAGGAUCAGCAGGUCGUAGCCCCACGGAAGCGCUCCAGGCGAUCGAUAAAGAGCUUGCGAGGUUGCUCCCUUUCGUCACAGCUGGUCUGCGCAGCGUGGGCCGGGUCGGUGCGGAACCGAUGUGGGAGCAGCUAGCCGAGCGGCUGGAGUGGGAGGGCAAAAAAGACAGGUACUAGAUGAAGCAAAGCAACGUUUGACUGUAAUGAUAUGAUGUACCUAUUCA